ACUCGCUCAGAGAUUCCGGAGUAGACGCACGUUCGAUCGCCUUGCAUUUUUCUAUACUUACGAUAGUUUAAUUCCCGUAUUGUUUUGUUAGUUUCCGCCCUUUUACUCUUGUUCUUUUUGUUUGUAUCCAGUGUAGUAUUUUUUGGCUUGUUUUAUGUGUUAAAUGUAAAUUCUAAUUUAAAUCAUUAUAGCUGACUUAUACUGAACUUUGGACUUUCUUUGUUCACCAUACUACCUAAGACAUAGUGCAGUUAAGAAUACCUAAUCGCUACAUUGGUGACCACGACGAUGGCAACGGAUGAUAAAUUCCAAGAUGCAGCUGCUGGAGAAUCCUGCAGAGUUAGUGUGCGACCUCCGCCUUUUUGGCCUGAGGAACCAGGUUUAUGGUUUGCCCAAAUGGAAGGCCAGUUUAUUUUAUCAAAUGUGACGUCUGAUACAACAAAAUUCUACCACGUUAUUGCACAACUUGACCACCGGUAUGCAACAGAGGUAAAGGAUAUUAUUACUUCACCGCCGUCAACAAACAAGUAUGAAAAGUUAAAAACGGAACUUAUUAAGCGUCUUUCUGCGUCCCAGGAGCGUAAGGUUAAACAACUUCUCAUGCACGAGGAGUUGGGCGAUCGAAAGCCAUCUCAGUUUCUAAGACACUUACAACAUCUUGCCGGACCCGCAGUUCCUAAUGAUUUUUUGAAUACCCUGUGGUCAAGCCGUUUACCAGGAAAUUUACAAACAAUAAUAGCAUCACAGUCUGAUUUGCCAUUAGAUAAGUUGGCAGAUUUGGCAGAUAAGGUCCACGAGAUUGCGCCAACCACACUAGGACAAGUCGCCAGCACUUCAUCUUCGGGUAAUACUACUUCUUCCUUCGAGGCAAUGGUUCAACAGAUAAGUGAAUUGACUAAGCAAGUAGCGAAACUUACUACAACACAGGUAAAUAAGUAUCCCCGAUAUCGCUCAAGAUCUCGAUCUAAAUCUAGGGUCAAAGGUAAGCGCAAUUAUUCUAAAACGCGACCACCACAGACACCUCCAAAUCAUCCUCACUGCUGGUAUCAUUUUACAUAUGGUAAGCGUGCCAGAAAAUGCUUAGCACCUUGUAAUUGGGAGGCGGAAAACUCAACGGGCAGUCGGCAGUAGCGGCCAACGAUUGCCCAGCUAACACAGGCCGUCUAUUUAUUACUGACCGUGUUUCUAAAAUGCUUUUCCUCGUGGAUACUGGGUCAGACCUUUGUGUUUUCCCACGGUCAGCUAUUAAGACGCCGUGUACCCCUACAAAGUACAGUUUGAUUGCUGCGAAUGGUACAGUCAUAAAUACUUAUGGAGUUAUACAGCUACAGCUGGACCUUGGACUCAGACGUACUUUUACAUGGAAUUUCACUAUUGCCAAUAUUACGAAACCCAUUAUAGGAGUGGAUUUCUUAAGUUUUUAUAAUCUGCUUGUAGAUUGCCGGAGUCAGCGACUAAUAAAUGGCACAACUACCCUUUGUGUAUCCGCACAACGCCAGAGAGUCCCAGAGGAUGUCAUCUCAAUCAAAACCAUCUCUGGUGACAACGAGUUUCAACAGCUGUUACAUAACUUCCCGGAGAUCAUCCGACCUGCAGGUACUGUAACUACACCUAAGCAUAAUACAAAACACUUUAUAAGAACUAUACCGGGACCGCCAGUAACCUGUAGGCCUCGGCGUUUAGACCCAGUACGCAUGAAAAUUGCUCGAAAAGAGUUUGAAGAUAUGUUGGCACAAGGCAUUGUAAGGCGUUCUGAGAGUCCUUGGUCAUCAGCUUUACAUCUUGUAAAGAAAAAAGAUGACGGAUGGAGGCCGUGCGGGGACUACAGAUCACUUAAUGCAAGGACUAUCCCUGACAGAUAUCCCAUUCGUCACAUACAAGAUUUUUCUUACCAACUUUCUGGAUCCACUAUAUUUUCUAAGAUUGAUUUAGUGAAGGCAUACAACCAAAUUCCUGUAAAUCCUUCGGAUAUACCAAAGACUGCCAUAACUACACCAUUCGGGCUUUAUGAAUACCCUUUCAUGAAUUAUGGUUUGCGAAACGCAGCGCAAACUUUUCAGAGAUUCAUUGAUGAAGUGCUCUCUGGUCUUGACGAUUUUUGCUUCGGAUACCUCGACGAUAUUCUGGUUUUUUCACCUUCCCCUGAAAUACAUAAACGCCACUUACUUCAGCUCUUUGAGAGAUUAAAAGCUUACGGCGUGUUGAUCAAUACGACGAAGUGCGUGUGGGGACAACACGAGGUGACAUUCCUUGGAUACCAUGUGUCUGCAGCCGGCAUCUUACCGCUAAAUACAAAAGUACAAACUAUACAAGAAUUUCCCAUACCACGCACUGUAAAGGAACUCCGCAGAUUCUUAGGUAUGAUCAAUUUUUAUAGACGUUUCAUACCAAAUGCAGCUAGGAUACAAGCACCGUUAAACGCCGUCUUAGCGGGACCUAAAGUGAAAGGAUCUCAUCCCAUUAGUAUGACACCAGAUCUUUUGAAAGCAUUUGAAAAAUGCAAAAAUGCUCUUUCUUAUACUACACUUUUAGUACAUCCUAAUUCAUCGGCCGAGCUCUCAAUUCACACCGACGCUUCAGAUGUGUCCAUCGGUGCUGUGCUGCAACAACGCAAGGGCACUGAAUGGGAACCCUUAGGUUUCUUUUCGAAAAAGCUGAAUUCCGCACAAAAAAAAUAUAGCCCUUAUGACCGGGAGCUUCUAGUAAUUUACGAAGCAAUCAAAUAUUUCUUACACAUGGUAGAGGCUAGAGUCUUCAGUGUGUACACAGAUCAUAAGCCUCUUACCUAUGCUUUCUCUACUGUAAGAGAUAAAUGUCCUCCGCGACGCUAUCGCUACCUAGAUUUUAUUGCACAGUAUACCACUGACAUUCGCUACAUUCCGGGACCAGAUAAUGUAGUAGCUGAUACGCUUUCACGGGUAGAAGAAAUUAAAAUAUCUUUAGAUUACCAGGCUCUUGCACGAUCUCAAGAUAAAGACCCUGAACUGCAACAUCUGCUGCAAAACGGUUCAUCAUUAAACCUACAGAAAAUCGAACCAAUAGGAGCAAACCUUAAAGUAUACUGUGACGUAUCUGUACAGCAGCCAAGACCUUUCAUUACAAAAGCAUUUAGAAGGCAAGUGUUCGAUAUGCUUCAUGGAUUAAGUCACCCAGGAAGUUCAGCUACAGUACGUCUUGUCACUGAUAGGUUUGUCUGGCCUGGCAUUCGUAGAGACUGUAGAGAGUGGGCUAGGCAUUGCCUUGAUUGCCAACGAAGCAAGAUUACCCGUCACACUUCCGCUCCUCUUUCCUCUUUUCCUACGCCUUCAUCGAGAUUCUCUCAUAUACAUCUCGAUAUUAUAGGGCCUCUAACUCUCUCUUAUGAUUUCAGAUAUUGCCUCACUAUCAUCGAUAGAUUUACACGAUGGCCUGAGGCGAUUCCCCUGAAAGACAUCACAGCAGAAUCCUGUGCCUCCGCUCUGGUAUCUGGGUGGAUAUCCAGAUUCGGCUGCCCUGCUCGAAUUACAACGGACAGAGGACGCCAGUUCGAUUCCAGCUUAUUUAAGGCAAUCGCAUCCAUGGUUGGUGCUUGUCAUUUCUGCACAACUGCCUACCACCCUUCUGCUAAUGGAAUGGUGGAGCGCGUACAUCGCCAGCUGAAAGCUGCCAUUAUGUGCCACAACUCUACACAAUGGACUGAGAUGGACCCACAAAUACUUCGGUUGCUACAUCUUCAUCACCUCCUCUUCCAACAUGCAUCCAUAACGACCAAAAAACGAAGGAAAGGAUUACUAAGAGUGGAAGAAAAGUUCAUUUUCCUGAUUACUAUCGACCGUAGCCACGGUCUCGGCGGGGGAGUACUGUGGGAUACCAACAAUGGACAAAGCCACUUCGCGCGCGCACACGGCCAUCGGAAUACUUCGGCAACCUUCGGAAUUUACGUCCGUGACAUUAACCAUACUCUCAUCACGCCAAGGUGCCCUUCACUCGCUCAGAGAUUCCGGAGUAGACGCACGUUCGAUCGCCUUGCAUUUUUCUAUACUUACGAUAGUUUAAUUCCCGUAUUGUUUUGUUAGUUUCCGCCCUUUUACUCUUGUUCUUUUUGUUUGUAUCCAGUGUAGUAUUUUUUGGCUUGUUUUAUGUGUUAAAUGUAAAUUCUAAUUUAAAUCAUUAUAGCUGACUUAUACUG